GUAUGCAAAUUUUGCAGCAGGCGUCAACUGCUCGUCGUCCAAGAGACCAGAUUUUGAUUAAAAUUAAUUGUUGAAUUUUUUUUAUUAAAAUGGUGGCCCAAGAAGAAACUUUUGAAUCAGUAACACAAGAAAUUAUUUCCACUAAUCUCGACUUGAGAGUAGUUAUACAGGAUAUUCAAAAUUGUAAUGGUCCAUUAGAAGUUCUAAAUGAUCUUAAUGCUGUAGGAAGGGAAAAAAUAGCAAAAUUAAGAGAAAAUAUAGAACUGUUAGAAAGAAUCACAGAACGACAGCGUGAUGCUAAGAAAAAAGAAUCAUAUUUAGCAGAAAUUAAAAAUUACAGAGCUCAGUUCACUAAAAUGAUGAUAGCAUUUAGAAGAGCAAAUGUGGAUAGUGCCAAUGCAAUAGAAAAGUUGUCCAGAGAAGAACUUUUUAAUGGAUCUUCUGAGCAACAGAGCAUAUUGAAAAAAAGGAGAGAUGCAAAGAGUGCAAUGCAAGCAUCUAACAAAUUAACAGAAAGGCUUUUGUAUAUUUCAAAGAGCCUGGCAGAAACUGCUCAGCGAAGUGACAUUGCUUUGGAUACAUUAGUGACUUCAUCAGAAAAAGUUUUCAAUACCCAGAAAGAAUUGAAACAGCAGCAACAAGUUAUUUUACAAUCUGGAAGGUAUCUAGAUAAAUAUGGUAGGCGUCAGAUCACAGACAAAUUUGUUAUAACUGGGGGAUUUAUAUUUUUUCUCGCAUGCGUAUUUUAUGUUUUAAAUAAAAGAUCAUUCUUUUAAUCUCAAUUCGUAGUUAAAUUUACAUUACUGAAUCAAAUCAAGAUUAAAUUGUUUAAAAACUUCAAUUUUAUUCGUUAUUAAAAUUCAAGGAUUUUAACUAUCUACAUGCAUGAUAUUAUAAAAAUGAAAUAGGGAAUUAAUGUAAUUUAUAUUUUUUUAAAUUUCCCUGUACAGAAUUAAAGUCAAA